CUUUGUUUAUUUUUAAAAAGGUUUGACAUCGUUGUGUACUUUUAUUGUCAGGAGGUGUUUCUGUGAUUCCCCAGGUUGUUGUUCGCUUUAGAUGAGUUGUCAGGAAGUGUAAAAAAUAGAAAGAUGGCUUCACAACAGCAUAGUCUUCCACCAGAUGUGCAAGAGAAUAUUGUCCAUAAUAUACAAAAAAUCUUUCCUAAUUAUGUUGAUAAAAAAAUCAUCAGGGCAGUAUUAAAUAGGGAAUGCUGGGAUCUUGAAAAAUCUCUAGCUUUUUUGAAAAGCAGUGUAAAUUCAUUCAAUGAAAAUCCAAACAAUCCUAGAAAGACAGAAAAUAGAUUGAAAAAAUUAAAUCAGCCAAAACAACAUCCUAAGAAAAAUAAAAUGGAUAACAGUAACAUUUCAACUUCUGGACCCAACAAACCUCCUGAAUUGUUAAAAAACUUUAAAAAAAAAACAAGAUCUAAACCAAAUGCAAAACCACAAAACUGUGAAAAGCCUAAGGGUGAUUCAUUAGUACAAGGAGACUGGGUACUGGUUAGCGAACAUGGAUCACAAGCUUCAAAAGUGCAAGAUACUUCUAAAGACAAAAGCAAGAGUUUUCCUCCUGAAAAUAAGCCACAAAUCAAUGAUAAAAGGUCAGCAAAGAGAAAACAAAUGAUGCAACAUUAUGAACUUAUCAAACAAUUUGGUGAACCUUUGAAUAGGAUAUCUGCUUACAUAAACGAAGGCAUUAAGGUGAUGAUCCUUCUGAGGGGUUGUUCUGGUAGCGGUAAAACUACAUAUGCAAAUCAAUUAUUGAAGAAGCAUGGGGCCAAGUACCAUCAAAGCCAUGUAUUCAGUGCUGAUAACUACUUUGUCAAUAAAGAAGGUAAAUAUAUUUUUAAUUAUGAUCUUCUUCAAAAUGCGCAUACUUGGAAUCAAAAAUUAGUACGCCUCGCUGUAACCGAAGGUAGAAGUCCUAUUUUUGUAGAUAAUACUAAUACCCGUCUGUGGGAAAUGAAGGAUUAUGCAAUUAUGGCUGUUGAGUUUGGAUAUAUUCUUGAAACUUUGGAACCUCCUACCCCGUGGUUCUUCAACGAAGACCAGCUCUUCAGAAAAACUCUUCACAAUGUACCUCGAGAAACGAUUAAGAAAAUGCUUGAUAGAUAUGAAGCAAAUGUUUCUGGAGAAGAUGUUCUGAGGGCUUUGAAACUUAAUUAUGGUUCUGUGGCUCCUCCUCAAUUUGUAAUAGCUGGGUUGGAUCAGCCCAUUUCAAAGAAACAUAGUAAAAUUUAUAAUGAAAGAUUAGAAUCAUCUAAUAAUGUACAGAAUAAAUCGGUUUCUAAAAGCAAGUCUACGAAACCUUCUGACAGUCCUCAAUUUAGACCAAGUAAGUCUACAGAAAAUUUAGAUAAUUCUCAUCGUUUAUCUUCAUUUAAUUUUAAACCGUUUGGGAAUAUGCCAGUUCAAGAAAAUAAUCCAGCGAGAUUUGGAAGACCUGGACCUUUUGUACCAAAUUCUAACCCCGCUCCUAGCCAUUUUUUUGGUCCUGGAAAUUCCACUAUUCAAAAUCACCAGGUACAUUAUCCUCCACAAUUUUAUGGACCAAAUAAUGGACCUUAUAUGACUGCAGCAGUUCCAAAUGUUUUUAAUUCUCAGUUUGUUAACAGGAACUUUAUACCUAAUGCCCCGCCCUCUGAAUUUUACCAGCCCACUAAUAGAUCUUCAGAACCACGAUUGGAUAAUGCUUCAGGUAAUAAAAUGGUAGCAGAGAAUAUUAUGGAUACAACACCUCCAUAUGUCGACGAUUUAAUUGAUCUCACUGUUCCACUGAAUGUUGAAACUAUAAGUGAUUUAAAGGAACGUCCAUCUUUUUCAAGGGAAAUGUCUUCUUCAAUUUCAUUACUUGAAGGACUUAAAAUUGAAGGUGAAGAGGUAUUAUACCAGUCUGACAGUGAAUCAGAUGAUGAAGGAAUAGAAGAUGAAGAGGAGGAUGAUGAAGAGAGCUGUGUAGAAGACACUUCUGGAUCAGUAUCAGAUGGAGGUGAAGAAAGCUCUACAUCUUACACGACUGCUCUUACAACUGUUGAGCCAGCAUCUUCAGAAUAUGUUAUUGUCAAGGAUGAAGAAAUUUUAUUUCAAAAAACUCAUGAAGAAGUAACUGGUAUCAAGACACUUGAAGACUUUAGGGCCAAAACUAGUAGCACUAGUUUUUCACAAAAUUUUGAAAAUUUUCUAUUUCAAUAUAUGGAAGAUUCAAGAAAUGGUGCUAAAGUGAGUGAUGUUUUACAAAAUAAUACAAAACAAGAAGAAAGCAAUUUAUGUACUGAAUUUAACCAAACAUGUAAGGAUGGUAAAAUUGAUAAAGUCGUAGAUGAUUCUUCUGAUGAUGCAGUUAUGUCCAAGAGGGUUCGUCCGACAACUUCUUUAGGAGAUUGGAUUAGGAAAGAUGUUAAUCUUGAAAAGCCAAUUAAUUUUCUUCCCAAAGAUCAAAGAGUUAAACUUCCAGAGGAGAUGAAGAAAAUUUCCUUAAUGUCUGUUUCAACUAACACUAAUUAUUUAGAUUUUGAAACUCUUCGUGAAGUUAACAAUGGUAUCAAUGUAGAAAAUGUUAAAGUUCUCCAAGGAAGUCCUUUUUUUCUUAGAGCUAUUUCUAACAUACCCUUUCUGCCUGCGACAGUGCUGAUGCUGGAUAAAGGAGUUAUGACUACAAAUAUAGAAACAUCUCAAGUGCUUGUUCGUGAUAGUGGAAUCGAAAGAUUAGCAUUGAUGUUUCCUGGUGUAGCACGAGAAAAUUUGGAAGAACUUUUUGAUAAAUGUCAGAAGGACAUAGAUUGGACUGUUGGGCUUCUUUUGGAUUCUGGACAAGAGAUGUCAGAAUUAUACUCUUCUCUAGAGCCAAUUGAAUGUGAAACUUAUGAUAACAUUACAUAUUCUAUUGAAAAUUCUGAUGUUAAAGAAUCAGAUGUUCUCUUUGGUGAAAUAAAAAAACAGAAAAAGAGAAAAAAUGAUCAAGAAUCAAAUAAGUAUAAAGAAAUACAAGAAAAGAUUCAAAAUAAUUUUAAUUUAGGGGAGAUCCACUAUUCUGAAAGAAUGAAAAAGCACAUAGAAAGAAAGCAUAAUAUACAUAUUGGUGCUCCUGCUGGGACUUCAAAUGCAGAUGUCCCUGAAAAUGUAGUUGGUUUAGAAGAUGGAAUUGACAGCCAGACAGAAAAUUCUGAUAGUGAAGAAGAUGGUGUAUUUAUGAUGGACAGUGACUUCAUCUUUCAACUGCAGUCAAGAUUUGGUGGCUUGUUGAGGCCUAACAUGAUAGGUGAAAAAACUGUUGUUAGUAUUCCUUCCAGUCUUGCAAGGCAGCUUCAUAGUUAUAUAAUGGAUUCCAUUCUUCAACAAAUCGAGGGGGAAGAUUUAUUUACUGAUUCACUUUUGGAAAAAGAUGAGGAGUUAGCCCGCAGUUUACAAGAAGAAGAGUUAAAAACCCGUGGUGCUCGCAGCCUUCUUGAGAUAAUGGAUGAAGAAGUUGCUCUGAAAACUACUUCACAUAAAGAUGUCAACAGUGGAAAAUCGAUGGCUAGCACCUUGUCAAAACAACUUCUAAUUGAAAGAUUUCCGCGUAUGGAUCCUGCUACUCUUGCUUUAAUUUUGGAAGAUACAAAUCAUUCAUUACAUGAGGCAACUUGUCUUCUCUCUUCUGCUGGCCAUUUUCAAGCUGAUCCUAAUCAAGAACCAGAACAAAGAGAACCAGAUGCCCCAGAGCCAACACGCAAUACCCUUUCUAGGGAAGAAGCGAUUAAACAAGCCGACGCUUAUGGUGAUGUUGCUAGUAAAUUAUAUGAGCUCCGUAAAGAUUGUAUAAAGAAAUCUCAGGAUGCAUAUCGAGAAGGAAAUUCUUCAGUGGCUCUCUACUAUUCUGAAAUGGCAAGAUGGUAUAUGGAAAGAAUUGAAAAAUGCAAUUCUUUAGCUGCUAAAGCAAUAUUAAAUGGAUAUGAAGGUUUCACAACUCUUGAUUUACACUUUCUUCAGGUUUCUGAGGCCUUGAAUGUUCUUGACCUUUUUGUUGAUGAAGUGAUUCGGGGACUUCAUGAAUCAAAGGAUAAAAAAGCAAUAGUUUACAUUAUAACAGGUCGUGGUUUACAUUCUGCUGGUGGUCGCCCUCGUCUUAAGCCAGCAGUUCAGUCCAGGCUUCUAAAAAGAGACCUUCGGUAUGUUGAACAGAACCCUGGGAUGUUGAGAGUGAUAAUCCCAAGAACUGCAAUGACAAGCUACAACAGAGAAGUAGCUGUAUGUGCUUAAAAUGCUGCACAAUUCACUUAAAAUUAUGUUGCUUAGUUGUAGAAUUUCAUGGACUGAUUUGUCACUUAAUACCAAAGCCAUUUUUGUUUGUUUCUUUUAAAACAUGUUUUUGCAGUGAGAUUGCAAAAGUAUUGAUAGUCUUUAUUUUUAAUAUAUAUCUAUUUUUUUUAGAACAGAGGUGUUCAUAGAAAAAUAAAAAUGUACUUCUUGAAAUUAGUACUGUUCUGGAAUUAAGUGACCUUUUAAGUUUAAUUAAAUUUUAUUGUGAUUACUAUAAGAAUGUUAACAGAUGUUUGUUUAGAUAGGUAGGGGAUGCCAUUAUCAUUAUAUUUUGUUUAAGAUAGAUCAGAUGAUAUGCUUCUAAUUAUUUUUAAAUGAAGUCAAUUUUAUUGUUGAAGUUUUCUUGAAUUUAAAGUGAGUAUUUAAUAUUUCUCGCACAGGCAGCAAUCUAGCUGUAGUGAAGAACAAUAUUUAAAAUGAAAGACAAGUUUUCAUGUUAGUUAUAUAUUUUAGAUGUACCUAAAGCUUUGGAUAAUUAAGGUUUUUCCAUAAAGUAGAAGAUAAUACUGUCCUUCAUUUGAAAACUAUAGUUGUUUCUGUUUUAUUUCUUAUCUAUUUUCUGGUAAUGAAGAGGUAGAUAUUAGGCCUUUUCAUUUGAGAUAAGAACUUAAAUUUUUAUCCAAUUGUUUUAAUAAUUGAAAUCGAGAGUUUACAGAAAAAUACUGUUCUUCUCGCAAUUUGUUAUGUUUCUUGGACACAUCAUUGAUAACAUUGAUGGUAACAAGUUGUAUAUUAUGAUAUCAGAAAAAAAUAUUUUCAGAUGAAAUUAUUUUAAUUGAUUAAUGAAACAAGUUUUGUAGUUUCGAAAUAUUUCAUUUGAUGCAUAAGGUUCUUUUGUGUAAAAUCGUAUUUGUUUUAUUAUCUUUAUCAAAUAUACAAUGCCGAUGAAGGUGAAUUUGUGCCUCCCUUAAUUUAUUGGGUUUACAAAUUCUAACUGAAUAAAUAAAACAGCUAUUUAUUUUUCUGAGUUAUAUUUACUCAUAAUGCUGUUAGAGUUUUUCUUUAUUAAAACAUUGGUUUGUUAUUUUUAAAACAUUGAUUCUUAAUUCAAGCCUUUGCUUUAUCUUGGUUUAAUUACUUUCUGUCGGGGGUUAUCAUUCUAUGCAAUACAUAUUGUUCAAUAAGAGAUAUUGUUGUUGAUGUUAUUAUUUAUGUAUAUAUUAUUAUUUAUGUAUUUUCUAUUAUAUUCAUCCAAAUGUAUCCAACUUGGCUCUAUGGUCUAGAUAAAUUCCAUAAAAAUUAGAUUUAAAGUGAAAAGCAUAAAAUAACUAUUAUUUUUAAUAUAUACAAAUUCAUUGUAAUCUAUUUGCUGUUGACAUAGAUUAGGCUACUAGGCCCUCGCUCCUAAUCAAGUGCUUUUCUGUUUCUAACUGAAUCAGAAUUUGAAAGAGGUUCUGUGUCAGCAUUUAGUAUAUAUCAUUUAGUAUAGUAUUUUCAAAUCACCAUCUUCCAAAAUACGAGAUUAUAAAAUUUUAGGAAGAGAAUUGAGUUUAACUUCAUUAAUUUUUAGUUAUUCUAGUCAUCUUUUUUUCAAACAUGGUUAACAGUGAUUGAAUUUAAUUCCUUUCACGUAUCAGAUUUGUUUUGUAAAACAUCUCUGAUGCUGAAUUUUUCCUAAACCGUUUUAUCGAACAUUUACCAUUGUUUCAUUUAUAAGUUCAUGUAAAUAAGCUUUAAAAAUGGCUAUUGCACCCUUAUCCAUCUGUUGGAUCAGAGCUAUGAAGUGCAUUUUAAUUUUAUUGUGUUUAGUUUGAAAGGUAGAUUUCACAAGUGUAUUUAUAAAUUUGAACAAUUUUAUCACCAGCUUCAGUACAAUGUAAAAUUUCCAAUUUGUAAUGCUGGAUGACAGAUUUUCAUUAUCUAACUUCUCUUUAUAUUGUUACAAGUAACUAGCUCCCAAUUAAAUCAAUGUUUCUUAAGAUUUUUUCUUGGUAUAAACCAAAGAUCAUAUUUAAAGAAAUGAAUGAAUCAAUUAAGUUAGUAUCUUAUGAAAAUACUAUAUUUUUAAUACAGACAAACCAAAUAUGUUUACAGUUCUCCGACUCAUAAUAACAGAAAUAAGAGCCAACACAGUAAAAUGAUAUUAAUGUUGUCAACGGUAGGGCUACAACUAAACAGAAGAUAGUUAACAAUACAACAUUUUAUUAUAUAUUUUUUUUAUUAUUCCAUAUAAUGAUACUUAGUGGGUUAUAACUUGGAAAGGGCCACUACAGCGAAUUCCUGUAUUAAGGGUAGCCACAUAGUAAGGCAUAUUUGUAUAGUGUUUGGUUCUAUUUUAAAAGUAAAAAAUCUUGGAUAAUUGUUUAUUUAUUUGUUUUUUUAGAUUUAAAGCCAUCAUUGUUGUGCACAAUUCUGCAUUAAAAUCUGAUUUUUUUUAUCAUCUUUACCAAUCUCUAGGGCUUUAGUUAGAGGAGUUUUAUCUGUCAUCUUGUUUUUCAUUUGCCUUUUGUUCCUGAGUGUUGCUUAUUGCUUAUUGACUGAUCUGAAAAUCACAGUAAUAUUUUUCUACUUUUUUAACUAGUUGGUUUUCUUAUUUUAAUAAAAAAAAAAUGGUAAAAUAGAAGGGCAUCCAUAAUUUGUUAAGAUUUUAACCACUUUGAAACAGUAAGUUUUGGGUUUAAAUGUCAUAUAAUUUUUGUGAAAUAGUUAAUGUAGUUUGAUAUGGUCUGAGAAAACUAUUAUUAAUUUUGAUAAACAACUGUUAAUUUUUUUUUUCUUUCUUUAAAUUAAUAUAAAUCUAGUUUCUUAUUCUCUCAAACAUGAUGUUUCCGUUAGGAUUCUUCAAGUUUUAAGAAGACAUUAUAUAUGUAUAAUGUUAAAGUUUGUGUGUGAAUAUGGAUAUAUAUAAACAUACAAACAUUAAAAAAUAAUUUAUAAUACAAUAAUUUCUGUCAUCGUUAAAGAUUAGGUGAUUGAUAUUUUACAGAACUUUCUCUUAAUUUUGCUUAUGCCUCUUUCUAAUUUUAAAAUAUCUAAAUGUAGUUUUUAUUAUUACAUAGUUUUGUUUUUUGACAUUUGUUAUUCAGUUCAAUUAGUUUUAAAUUAAUAAUAAAUAAAAGUAUCAUGUUUUGUUGGACAAUAUAAUAGAAUGAACCUCACGAUUUUCUUCAAGUGUGAUAAUAACUUGAUUAAUUGUUUAGUUAUUUAAGAAAGUAGAGUUUAAUGAACCUCCAUAUUUUUAGUAUUGUGCAGUUUCAUAUAAGUUUACUUUCCUACACUUUCAGUUUGUAGAAAUUGUAAACUUGGUAAAUUUUAGGACUCAGCUUUUUAAUUAGCUUAGUCCUAUUUAUAAUGUGCUAUGAUGAAAUUUUAGUGUCAUAAUUGUAUUAUGUGAUAUUAAAGCUGAAAGUUGACUCGAAUUCUACUCAAAUGUAAAAGUGUACAAAGUAGUGUAUUUAAUUUUUAAUGUAAAUGAGUCAUUUUGAAGCUCAUAAACAUAAAUGAAGGACAGGUAUAAUGAUUGUUAGUACAUCAAAAUAAAAAAAAAAACUUGGUGUACAUGUCUUCUACUUUUUCACAUUACAUUUUUUAUAUUUCUAUUAAAAGAAAACUAUUUUUAUAUAUUUCUAUUGCUGCAUAUUUUAUUUUCUAAUGGGUUAUAAAAAUAAAAUCAAAAUUUAUUUUCAUAAUUAUUUUAAUAUUUCACUUGUAUUGUUAGGUGUAAUAAUUACUGUUCUCUUUAAUGUUUGAUCUAGUAGUAUAUUGUUUUCAAUUUUUAGUUAUAUGUUUUAUGUAUAUUAAGCUAAACAGCAGUCAUGGAAACUCAUUGUUACUCUUUUAAUUACAAUGAUAAAUGUUGAAAGAUUAUUUUAUUGUAUAACUGACAAAGAGCAACUACUCUCAACAGAAUGCUUUAUUCUUUAAAUAUUUUUGGAAGAAAACUUGGAUCUUUUACUCCUUUAGAGGUAUAUAUUUUUUUCUCUCCCUAAAAUUGAUUCAUUAAUCCGAUGUCAAAUUUCUUAAUUUUUGAUAAUCACAGAUAUUUUUGUAGAACAAAAUAACUAGUCAUUGGUAGUACAGACCAGGGUCUGGCCAAACUUUAGUGUAAUUUGGCCAAAUUAUUGGUGAUAUGAAAUUGAGUUACCAGUGAUUGUGGUUAGCUUUGUACAGAAAUUGAAUGAUAUAAGAAGCAGUCCUAUAUUAUAUUAUUGCUAAUAUUUUAUCUUUUUUUUAUGCUGCAUUUUUGUUAAAAUAUUUCAAUAAUAAACCGUAAACUUUAUUUGGGUGAAGGAAGCUCUUAUAGUUUUAUUUCCCUCAUAUAGUUUUAUUAAAAGGGGAUUAAAAUAAAAAAUAAAUACUUCUUGUAUCAAUUGAUUUCUUUAUCAGUUUAAGAUUUUACUGUUGUUUAGU